AAAAAAUUAUAUUUUAUGAAAUCAUCAAUUCUUUUAACAUGUUGUUAUGAAGAACAUGAGAACAGUUAAAUAAUAGGUGUUUGCACUAAUAUAAAUUGCAAACAUACAAGAACCUAUUGUAUUGCUUGCAAACCUUAAUUUCAUUAAGAACACAAUCAAGAUUUAGUCAGGUUUAAUGAUUUAGCAAAUUGGGUUAAAAGUAGAAAAUAAUUAAUCCAACCUAUAAAUGAACUUAUAAAUUAAGUCUAAUAAUUUUCAAAAUCUCUAAAAUCAUUAGUAGGAAAUGUAGAUUAUUAAAGUUAAACAGAUUUUGAAUCUUUGAAUAAUUCAGAAUUACAUGAUUAUAUCAAGCAACUGAUACUUUUAGAAAAAUCCUAAGUUCUUUUAGUUCCAAAAAUUAAAUUCUUAAUUUAAUAAUAAGAAAAGUUAAAAAAAGAGAUUGAGAGUCUAAUUUUAAAUAAAGAAUGUAUAUAAAUUUUAUAAAAUAAGUAUGCCAAAGCUAAGUGUUGUCAUUAGAGGAAAUAUAUUUUUCAUCAAAAAUAAUUUGUACAGACUCAAGAGAUGAUGAAGAUAUUAAAAUUGAGGAACAAAAAGAAAUUGAUAAAUGCUUAAAAUAUUAAAUUAAAUUUUCAUAAGAACUUAAACAUGAAGAAAUUCAAAUUCUAUAAAAUUAAUUAAUUGCUUAAGGUGAUUGUUUUGCUCUUUGUGAACCAACAUUACCAACGAAUACUUCAACAAAAUUUGCUUUUAAAUGUCAUGAAGAAGGAAUCUAUAUUGGUAUUUGCCAUAUUGAUUUGAUAUAAAAGGCUUAAUUUAAUCCUAAACUUAAAUAAUUAAAACAUGGGUAUUUUAUUUUUUUUAUUUUUAUUAGAGCAUAUUUAAUUUCUUCAAAUGGUUAUGUUUACUCACAUCUAGAAAAGGAAAUUAAUUCUUCAAAAAAAUCAUUCACAUAUGGAAAAAAUGAUAUCAUAUAAGUUUUAGUAUAAGUAGAAGAUAAGAAAAUUACAUGGAUUAAAUAAUCUACUAAUGAAGAAUUUGUAAUAUAUUUUAAUUUAUAAUAGUCAAUGAAAUUUGAAUCAGUUAAAGAUCUAUGUCCUUGCGUAUAAUUGUGGGGUAAAACUGGAACUUAAGUUGAAAUCAUAGAUUUUUGAUAUACAUUUCAUUAAUUUAUAGAAAAAAUUAAUAAAUAU